AUGUCCCAUGGAAUGUUGAAAUUGUUUGCUGCUGCCGCACUUUUUGUUUUUACCAUCAUUCUACUGUUAUUUUCUGUUUUACCGAAUUCGACAGAAGCAGUUGAUGCCGGUUCCACGGGAUCUCGUCUUUUUCUCUAUAAAUACCGCUCCGUAAACGAUAGGGAAUUAAUCGAUGUAAAACCAGUUCGGGAUAAAUUAUCGUUACGUCCUGUUGUGAAAAAAAUCACUCCCGGAUUGGCUUCAUUUCGAGAUAAACCUGAGGAUGCUGCUGAGUAUAUUAAGCCUCUUCUGGAUUAUGCAGUUGAGUUUAUUCCAUUGAACAAACAUUCGUACACAACUCUCUUCAUAUUCGCAACAGCUGGAAUGCGUUUACUUCCCAUAGAAAAACAAAAUAAAGUAUUGCGAAAUCUGCGUCAAAAUCUGCCUUUUCAAACAAGCAUACAAAUUAUUCCGGAUCAUAUUAAAGUUAUCGAAGGAAAAUGGGAAGGAAUUUAUUCAUGGAUUGCUGUAAAUUAUAUUCUUGGCCGGUUUACUCGUAAUAAGACAGACUUUACGCGGCAACCUACAGUGGGUAUAAUAGAUAUGGGUGGCGCAUCGAUACAAAUUGCGGUUGAAUUAAAUCUAACAAGUGGUAUUAAUGAAUCUGUGGAAAGCAUCAACUUGGGCUGCAAGGAUAAUGAGCAGGCAUACAGCUACCGACUUUUUGUAACAACAUUUCUUGGUUAUGGCGUGAAUGAAGCUCUUCAAAAAUAUGAACAGAAAUUAUGUAACGACCUGGUCGUAAAAAAUACUAAUAUAUCUUAUAUACGAGAUCCUUGCUUGCCAGUCAAUCUGUUGAAAACAGUGAAAAGUAAAGAUGGUUCACAAUUUAGUCGAAAGGGUAAAACACACAAGACUUGGAAACACAAACCAGAACUUCACAACACACACCCAGAACUUGACAAUAACCCCCUGGAUUGGGAUUUGCAUUAUACAUUCAUAAGCAGUUCUUGGGCCAAAUAUGUUGUUGAUAUUGGUAUUGGGGAUUGGGACACUUGUAUAAAGAAUGUAAGGCUUUUAUUAACGGCAACAGUGGCGAAUUCGAAAUGUUACGGACAAAAGUGUUUGUUUGGGCUAGUUCGUUCCCCUCCGAUUUCUCUAUCAGAGAUUGAACUAUAUGGCUUCAGUGAGUAUUGGUUCUCGCUGGAAAAUGUCUUAUCCAUGGGUGGACAGUAUGAUUUCAGUAAAACAGCAUCGAAAGCGCGUCAGUUUUGUCGUAUGAAAUGGUCAACAAUACGGAUGCAAUAUCGGAAUAAUGUCUAUCCGAAGGCGGAUGAAGCUCGACUGCGAUCACAGUGUUUUAAAUCAGCUUGGAUAACAGCUGUUCUUCAUGAAGGUUUUUCCGUUAGUAAAACUCACAAUCGUUUUCGAUCUGCUUUUGAUGUCAAUGGGCAAGAAGCACACUGGGCAUUGGGAGCUCUAUUAUAUCAUAUGAGGUAUUUUCCACUUCGUGAAAUUGUAUCGAGUAAGCCGCAACAUCCAAAUUACCGAAUAGUCAGUAACCAAAACCCCAUAUUUUGGGUUGUAUCGUUAAUCUUACUUGUUAAUAUUGCAUUGUGGGUAUUAUAUAAGGCUGGUAAAAAACGAUAUUUGCGACGUGAUCCGUCCACACGGGGAUAUAUAUCCUUAUUGUUAUCACAAAACCAGCUUUACAUGCAGCCUUAA